AUGGUACGAGGAGCAAUCUUCUUCUUCUCCUUCCCUAUUGAAUUUGUCAUUGAUAAGGAUCUGAAGAAGAUGACUCAAUUUCCUAGAAUACAAUCACUCAAACUUAGAGAUUCUAGUAUCUCCUCCGAAGGCUUUAAGCAAUUAGCUGCCUUUUCAUCUCUGCGUAUUUUGGCUUUGAGUAACCAAAAUGUUGAUUCAGAAGGCUGUAAGGUUAUAGCUUAUUUGAAAGGAUUAACUAGCUUAAAAUUGCAUGAUUGUACAAUGAGAGAUAGAGGUCUUGAAACAUUGAUAAGUUUAGAGAAAUUGGUAGAUUUGGAUUUGUCAUAUAAUGAUUGUACUGGUAAGGUAUUAGAAAACUUUCUGAAUGGAUUCAAAGGGUCAGAAUUGAAGAAUUUGAAUGUGAGUAGAAAUAGGUUGGGAGAUUCUGUUGUGAAAUGUUUGUGUAUGAAUAGAAAGUUUUGGAAUUUGAAAAAACUCAAUCUUAAUUUCAAUAAUAUUUCAGAUGAAGGUGCAACUUAUUUAGCUCACACUAAUUUUUCAAAUUUGGAAGAUUUAGAUCUUGGAUUCAAUUCUGUGAGUAAUCAGGGAGUGUUAAAACUUUCAAAGGGUCUCUUUGCUCACUCACUGAUAUCACUUACCUUGAUUGGAAAUGAUGUUACAUUCGAUGAUGUUAGAAGUCUCUUUAACCACUUUCCGAAACUUAUUAUUAUGCAGUAUGAUUUUCCUUUGGAUGUCUGUGUGGAUAGUACUACUAAUGAAUGGGAAAUGGAUUUGGAUGAUUAUGAUUUUUUCGAUACCUUUUAG